AUGAAGAAAUUAGAUAAAUAUUCAAUUAUGAUUGUGUCUAAAUAUCUUGAAAAUAUUCAAGACUUUCUUAACAUUAUUUUAGUUUGCAAAGCAUACUCUCAAACACUGGAUAAAUUCCAUUAUAAUCCUAUUCCUAUCACUACACAAACAAUUAAAUUAUUUCAAAAUAUAGAAACACAAUUUGUUUAUUCCCAUUCUGAUUUAUUGUUACCAACAGUUUCUCAAUAUGAAGUAUGGUAUCCUGUAUCAAUUUGUGAAGCACUAAAAUAUAAAAAUACAAUAAAAAAGUACAAAAAUAUUGAAAUUUCUUCUAUUGAUACUCCUUUUGAAACUUCAGAAUUUCAAAAAUAUAUUUAUAGCAUAGGAGAUAAUGCAUUUUGUAGACAACCAAUUACGUCAUUUAAUUUUCCUUCAAAACUUACAAAAUUAGGUGAGUCAUCAUUUUCUCAUUGUAGUAAUUUAUUGUCUGUUGAACUUCCACCUUUUAUUAAGUUAAUAAAGUCUCAUUGUUUUAGUAAUUGUUCAUGUCUUCAAACUGCUAUUCUUUCUGAUAAUUUGACAUCUCUUCCAAAUAGUUGUUUUCAAGAAUGUAGGUGUUUAUCAAUUCUUCACCUUCCUUCAGUCUUAACAUCAAUAGGUGAUCUUUGUUUCUUUCAAUGCAACCGAAUUACUUCUAUUAAAUUACCUCAAACUCUUAAAGUAUUAUCAAAACGUUCUUUUGGAUGCUGUAGAGGGUUAGAACAUAUCGAAUUUCCAGAUACUCUUGAUAUUAUUGGAGAAGAAUGUUUUUGUUUUUGUAAUGGCCUCACUGAAAUACAGCUUCCUUCUCAACUUAAAACUCUAGCCAAAGGAGCUUUCACUAAUUGUAAUAGUAUUAAACAAAUUAUUAUCCCAUUGUCAGUAACGAAAAUCCCAGGGUGUUGUUUCUAUCAAUGUGCUUCUUUAUCUUCAAUUCAAUUCCCAUCUUUAUUACGGUCAAUUGGCAUAGACGCAUUUUCUGAUUGUUCAAGAUUAACUUCAGUACUUUUUCCAAAUAGUCUCACAACCAUUGCAUCUUCCUCAUUUACUCGUUGUUUCAUUCUAAAAAAUAUUAGUUUUUCAUCAAAUCUUCAAACAAUCCAUUCAAAUGCAUUUUCUGGAUGUUCUCAACUAACUUCUUUGGUAUUCCCAUCAAAUCUUCAUUGUAUUAGACCAAAAGCCUUUAAAGAUUGCAUAAAUCUCCAACGAAUUAGUUUCUCAAAAACCCCUCUUACUAUUGGAGAAUAUGCGUUUAGUCAUUGUACAUCACUGACUUAUGUUAAAGGAUUAACAGAGAAAUGCCUUAUUUCUUCAAAUGCUUUUGAACAUGUACCAAUAAAAGUUCAGUCAACAGGAUGUAUAAUAAGUUGA